CGUGUAUGGCCGACAAGAGCGUGUUUGUGAUCCAGCGCGAGGCCAUUGCCAAGGACGAGGCGAUCCGCAAGCGGCUGCAAGAGGCAGGCUUCAAGAUCCUCGAACAAACCGUGCUCCAGCUCACUUUGGACAAGGCGGCGCUCUACUACGAGCGGCUCAACUGCCGCGACGACCCUGCCCAGCGCAAGCCGACGCACCGGGGCACGGCCCGCAGCUCCAUGACGCCGCGCGUCAGCGACUUGGGCUCGGCGCGCUCCAAAGCCGCGUCGCCCCGAAGCCCGAGAGAAGCAACCUCCCCGCGGUUGAAUGUGCAGGGCGGCAAGACGACACCGCGUGCCGCCAGCGACGGCGCCACCGAUGCUGAAGACGCCAAAGACGCCAUUGCGGCGCUUUCAAGCGGCCCGCUUGUCGUACUCGUUCUGCAUAAGCCCAAUGCCCUCAAGGACCUCCAAGACCUCGUCGGACCCUCGGACGUGACGCAGUGGCCGUCCCAUGCGACGACGCUGCGCGCGCAGUUUGGUCUGGACCAGCGAUGCAUCGGCGUUCGCUGCAGCAAGUAUGCCUUCAACGUCGACGACGAGCGCGACUUUCUCAUGGGGUCUGCGUCUUCUGUAGCGACCGCCGUCGCGCGCCGGGACAGUUCGAUCGCCAUCACCGAGGAGUGGACAGUGUCUGGCGCCACCGUGAGCCUCGAUGCACUGCUCGACUUUCUCUUUCCGCCGCAAGUACAACACUCGAAUUCGACGGGGCGUCUCUUUGUGUUUUCGCUGUACGGUCCGCUCGACGCCAAGUCCCGCCUGCGCAGCGGCGAAAAAGGCCUGCACGUCGUGACGGACCUCGAGCUCAACACCAUGUCGCAGUCGAUCGAGCGCGAAGACAUUCUGUCCGUGUACGGCAUGGUCGGUCUCUCGCGGGACGAAGAAGAAGAGGUCUUGCGCCAAGCCGACAAGCACCUCAAGAUGAUUCCUCGGUACACUCGCGCAGACAUCGAGGCCAUGUUCAAGCAUGUGCCCCGGAACGGUGUCGGCGCCAUGUCGUUUCACGACAUGCAGCAACGCAUUCUUCAAGAGCGCCUCCGCCGCGUGCUCUGUAUGAAGGAGAAGCUUAGUACGAGCUUGGCGACGCCGAUCGUGUCCAAGUACCGCAAGAGCCUCACCACCUGGUCGAAAGACGCGGCGUAUCACGUGGCACCGCCGAGUAUGUUUCUCAAGGACGCGGGGCUCAACGGCUCGGAGAACGCCGUGCUCGUCUCGCGCCUCCUCAACUGCCACGCGUUUGGCAUCUGCCACCUCGGCGACGGCAACUCCCCGGACUUGACGCAGAACGUCCGGCUCCUGCGCGACGAGAUUCCCGACACGACCAAGCGCCCGCCGUGGAACAGCAAUCACAUGUGCAUCCAGCAGGAAUAGCCGCAUCGUGCUCUUCACUUGAUAACUUGAUAGUACAAUAUACUAGUACGUCUUUCCGCAA